AUGUCGUGGGUUAAAGGAUCGCGACAAAUUAUUUCACACGGCAUGUACAAAAUCACCGAAAAUGACCGUUUCUCCAUUGUGCCUCCUAGUCUGCUGGAAAAGCGUGGCUUUAACCUUCUGAUUCAUCCCGUAACACCAGCCGAUAAUGACGUUUAUCGGUGUUCCAUCAUGAUUGGAGAGGGGACACAUUCAAAAUCCUAUCAUCUAAAUGUCCUUGUUCCGCCUAAGAUAACAAAAGCUCCAGCCCCGAUACUCAAAGUCGUUGAAGGGGCUCCACUACAGGUAUCAUGUGUUGCCGAGGGCAGUCCACCUCCCACAGUGACUUGGUUGAUGGAGGUGGCAAGGGGUGGUAUUCCGAUAAUUCCCCUUCGCUUUAGUAAGGAUGGUCUUGAGUUUGCGCGUGAUGUUCUUAAGGGAAUGAAAGCUGGUAGUUUUUCCUUCUUGCUAAAUAUAUCUAAUUUCCACUUUUGCUAUCAUAUGAAUUACUGCUCACAGUGA